AGCUCCGUCCCUGGUUGCUUAUUCGCUGCCGCCUUUCAGCCACACGCUAGCCACCGGACGAUUAGGAAGGAACCCUAACCGAGCCCAGUCACCGAGAAGAGAGUUCGUGAGAGCGGCGAUUCUAGGAGCCUCGAAGAUCAUCCGAAGCUGCCAAAAGGGAACCACGUCCGCAGAACCUAGCCACGGAAAGCAGAAAAGAGGAGACGGAUCGAGAACAAGAAGGUUGAGCUCCCUAGUCACUUGCCGACUGGGGAAGGAACAGAACAAUCGAGAAGACGCUGAGAAAUAGAAAAUGAAAGUUAAAGAGAUCACUGCUGAUCCCAACACACUGAGCAAUUUGCGAUGCCAUCAUUGUGCUGGUCCUCUUUCCAAGGAGAUGGAAACUAGUAAAUGGACUGUUGCCCCUCUAGUGAGGGAUAGUUUUUCUAUGAUUGGCUCUGCUGUUGGUGGGACUGCAAGCGCAUUCUAUGGCUUCAACCAUGUGAUGCCAACUGUCAGAAGAUGGGUAAAAGGACCACUGUGGGUGCAUUUCCUUCUUGGUGCACCACCAGUAAUAGUAUUCUCUUCAGCUUGUGCAGGGUUGGCAGGUGGUUCAGUUCCAGCCCUAGCCCAACUUGCGUCUUCAUCUUACCAUGCAGCUUUCUAUUCAUCUUCAUCGCCUCCACAUUAACAAGAUGAUAAGAUGAACAGGUUCAGGACUGUCUUUACUUUGCAACUCAUCUUUGGAUAUACGUGCAAUUGAGAGGAGUAAUCUUAGAUUGACUUCAUAUAUGCUUGCCUGUUUUUGAAACCUGUCACACCUCUCUGCUAGUAAGUUAACAAGCUGUAAAACAGCAAUGUUAUGCUGGGGGCAUUUUGUCAGUUUAUUCUGCCAAAUAAUUCCUUUUUCUUUUUUUUUUUUUUAAUUUUUAAUUUUUUAAUUUUG